AUGUCCGACCAGUCGCAUCAACAGAUCUUUCCACAACGCAGAGAAUCGCAUCGAUCAGAAAAUUCCUUCUUACAUCGUGACCACUGGACAGGAUGGCUUGAUCGCCCUGAGAAUGGGAAACACAACGAGAAUGGAAAUGUGAAAGAUGCACGCUUCUGCAGCGGUAUCUAGGAACCAAGAUCUGUGUGGCCAUGAGAAAAUCGAGCCCGGACUGAUCACAACAGCUUUAACAGAAUCUCAUCUCGCAUAGAUGAUACUGCAGCAACACAAUUCUUUCUGCAGACUUGGGAAAGCAUGCAGGCACUUGUCCUCAUCUCGUGGUCACUGGACAUCGAUGUCGAGAGCUCGUUUCAACUGCCGCGUUCCCCUUCCUCCGCACCCUGCUAAGAGGAUGUCGUAUUGCAAAAGAAGAAGAUCCCGCCGAAGUGGAGCGUGCGACUGGAGUAUAAUUGAUUGCUAGAUACUGCAAGCUUUCUUAACAUGCAACAGCCAUACUAGCCUCGCAGCCAUGACUGGAAUAGCGAUACCGGCCUGGAAUACGAAAAGCAAGCAACAACCAGAGCAAAUUUAGCACUCCACAAAAGAAAGUUCCCAUGGCACGGAGCACAGCUCCGCGAGGAUUGGACCAGUGACGGACAUAUCCCCAUCGUCUCUCGCAGUAACUUGGCCCAAGUGGUGCCGAUUCCGAGAGAAGGCUCAAUGGCAGAAGCACGAUGGAGACACAGUGGAACCGUCCCCAAGAUCGUUGGGGGGGCACGUUUCCACUUCCGGGAGUAUAUCUGCAAUGCACGGGUAGUGUAA